AAGGCUCGAGUAAUCGCGGGCGCGCGUAGUAAUGAUAACGGUGACCCAUGGGGGUUGACGCGAUGUGGCGAGUGUUUGUGUGCGCGCUGGUUGCGGCUGCGGCCGCGGCUGCCAGAGAGAUCAAUGAAGAUGAUCAGAUUCGACUACCAAGGCUGUUUCACCUGGAUAACUAUGAGCGAUGCUUGGGGCCUCGGGACGGCCUCUACUGCAUGGGGACCGUUCGCAUGUCCGCGGACAAACCCAGCGCGGCAUUCAACUUUAUUAAGGACUACUCAUCGGACUCCCAGAACUUCGAUCGAACGUUAGUCCAUCGAGGCUACUGCCUAUCUUCACGCUGUCCUUCCAAGGAGGUGAACAGAACGCUUCGCUUCGAACGAUGCAUAGAACAGCAGGCACUAUCGCCUGGUAUCCGCGCAUCACUGGAGAGCAUAUCUUGCAAAACGCACGAAGACCUGAGGGUCAAACAACGAGGAAUGGACACCCCGCAACGUAUAAUGCUUGGAGUGAUUGUUGUGAUACUCUUCUUCAAUGUGAUUGGGACGCUGUAUCAUUUGGCUACGAAUGGUGAAGGCAAAAGCAAGCUGCUAAAAGCAUGGUCCAUACAGUCGAAUUUCGCUCGACUCACCGCCACAUACGAAGACGGAGACCCGAGGUUGUCUGCGCUGAGUCCCAUACAAGGAGUCAGGGUCCUGCUGCUGUCGCUGGUGAUCAUGACGCACGCGGCGGAGAUCCAGUACAAAGUGCACCUCUACAACCCUGAGUACUUUGAAAGGGUGCUGCAGCAGUCAGUAACCAUGUUGAUAAGGAACGGUUCGGCGCUGACGCAGCUCUUCAUCGUCAUAUCCAACUUCCUGUUCGCGUACAGUAUGUUGCUGUACUCCAAGAACUCACAAAAACAGCUCGGGUUGGCACAACUACCUAUGUGCAUACUGCAUAGACUCGCCAGGAUAAUACCAGUACACCUGCUAUUAGUGGGUUUCGCGGCGACGUGGUGGCGGCAGACGGGUGACGGACCACAGUGGGAGCUGACCGUCGGUGCUGAGAGCGACAUCUGUCGCAAGAAGUUCUGGACGCACGCCUUAUUCCUGCACAACUUCAUUUACCCUGACGAACACUGCUUGUUACCCACCUGGUUCCUAGCGGUAGACAUGCAACUGUACAUCGUGGCUGCUUUUUUGACUCUGUACCUGAUGCAAAAGAAGAAACGUCAGAUCCCCAUCCUGGCGACGCUGUUCAUCGCCUCGUGUGUAAUGAACUUUGCACUCGCGUAUGUGAACGAGUGGAAGUCACUGCUCUACAUCAUGGUGCCUGAGAACGUCCGGCAGACUUUCCGUGGCAUCUCAUCGUUCUCCCAGUUCUACACGGCGCCGUGGGGCAGCCUGCCCGCCUGCUUCAUGGGCCUUCUCACUGCACACGUACACUUUGACCUUCAGGAACAGGGAUAUAAAAUUUCCAAACACAAGUGGUUCGAGUGGAUGUUCCACCUGACUUUGCCGCUGUACAUGGCGUGGAUCCUGGCCGGCAACGCGAUCCUGGAGCACACGACGCACGUGGCCACCGCCGCCUACGUCGCCAUCGAGCGGCCGUCCUUCGCGCUGCUAGCAGCAUUCACGCUCCUCGGCAUCGCCAACAACAUCGAUGGCAGGCUCCGUCGAGCGUGGGCGUGGCGAGGAUGGGCCACCAUCGGCCGCAUGUCGCUGUCCAUCAUGAUGCUGCACUGGCUCGUCAACGUGUACAUCGUGGGCACGCGCCGGACGCUCACUGAAGCCUCCGUGAUGUCCAUUAGUAGCGACAUGUUGGGGACGAUGUUUUGGACGACGCUGUUGGCGCUGCCUGUGACGUUGCUCGUGGAGUCGCCCAUACUGCGCUCCUGCACAGCGCUGCUAUCCUAGCACUCAACAACGAUCGCACCAAUCUUUACGACUGGUCUGAACUUAGUGCGUGGCAUACAUAACACGCAAUAAAGGUACAGACGAAGCUCAGAGCGGUCAAAAAGUUUGGUUCUAGCUGUAUUACAUACCUACCUACUUGUGCCUACGUGCGCCUGUGAUAUUUAGUGUUUAAAAUAGGCAUUCUGUAAUGGUAAAGGCACAUUGCGGGAGUGUAGAAGCGACUUUUCUGAAGUCUCGCAAAGCUCAGUGAGCUUUCCAUUCUAACUACAUAUUUGUGAACAAUAAAUUCUCGAGAACCCGCGCAUUCGGGCCUGUUUUUAAGUUUGCUUUACACUUUUGUACAUUAGUCAUUAGUCAUUACUUAUUGGAGAUAAAGCUCUGCUGCAAUGUGCUUUAAACUUAAGUUUGUUUUCGUACUUAAGUAAGUGUUUCCCAAAAGGAUUUUCAAAAACAAAUGGUGUUUUGCACCAUUUGUUUAUUAACCCUGUGAGAAAAGUUCCCAGCUUACCUUCCUAGCAUAGAAACUUAUUGUAGGUAUCUAAGCUAAGAGUCAACGCAUAUUGCAUGAAGGUUCAAACAUAAUACUGUGUUGUUAUGUAUUGUGAGCCGAGAGACGGCGAUAAGUCAUUCAUUUUAUAUAAAGAAGUCUUAGAUAACGUUUUGUACGCUUUUAUGAAAAGAUAUAUCAGUAGUCACAUUCAAAAUCGGACAGAAAAAGUAUGGCUUUGACUUUAUUUCGUUCAUAGCAGAACUAAAAACCUUGUCAAAGUAUAAAUCAGCUAAAUGACCCACCCAGUUAGGUUGACGGAUCACACUUUUUGACAUCCGUAGACUGUAGUUGAUGCCGUAAGCUCAUCUUGUAAUUUUUCAUUCAACGAAG